AUGUCGACAUCAGUAAUAGGUAGACGGUUAUCCAUACCGGCAAUUGCUAGAAAUUUGCCUAUGUUUACAACAACUCGAUUUAUAUCGCGAACAUUGCCAUUAAAUCAAGACCAUAAAAGUGAAGGAUGGUUAAGUAAGCUUGGUGUAAAAAAAAUUGAGCCCACCAAAGAAUCACAUUCGCGUAUGCUGUCAGACAAAGAAGUUAUUUAUGCAUUACAUACACACAAUAUACGACCUGAUUCUAUUGACAAGUAUCUCGCUAAUUACCAGGAAAAUGUAAAUCUUAUCCAUUCGAAGAAAAGUGAAUUAAACUGCGAAUUAGUCGGCUCCUGGACCGUUGAAGUCGGGGAUCUUGAUCAAGCUUUACAUUUGUGGCAAUACACCGGUGGCUUUGAACGUAUUGAUCGUGCUCAGCUUGCAUUAUCUAAGGACGAAGCUUAUCAACGAUUACUUCGUGAACGCGGUAAUUAUUUGAGAUCACGGCAUUUACAGUAUCUGCUCGCAUUUAGUUACUGGCCGCAACUCGGGAAACGUGAGGGCCCCAAUAUCUACGAGAUAAGAAGCUACAGAUUGAGACCUGGUACUAUGAUUGAGUGGGGAAAUAAUUGGGCACGAGCUAUUAACCACAGGAGAAAUAAUGAUGAACCCUUUGCUGGUUACUUUUCCCAAAUUGGUCGCCUGUAUAAUGUUCAUCAUAUUUGGUGCUAUAAAGAUUUACAAGCAAGAAAAGAAACACGUGAAAGUGCAUGGAGGUCACCAGGAUGGGACGAGUGUGUUGCUUACACAGUACCGCUGAUACGUGAAAUGCAUUCCCGUAUUUUGAAACCCACAUCAUUUUCACCUACUCAGUAA